AUGCCAACACCUGUGAUCUUGGGCCCCGGUCCUCACGCGACUGAAUCCCAUACAGCCACAUUUGAUGGGGUCGAAAGCGUCUCCAUCCCAUCGGGUGCCGAGGAGGAAGCCGAGGAAGAGAUUCACGACCUGGCUAGGCGCCUGACUUCAUUGUCCCACGGAGGCGGCCACUCACUGUUUCCUGAGCCAUCCGACACCACUCUCGACCCAAAGAGCGACAGCUUCGACGCUCGAAAAUGGGCCGCGGCCUUCUAUAGCCUCCAGACCAAGGCUCUCCUCGGAAAUUCUCCCAACACGGUGGGCCUGGCUUUCAGGGAUUUGCAGGUCUACGGCCUCGGAACGACCACAGACUACCAAAAGACUGUCGGCAACUUCUUUCUGGAGGCGACCACACUGACUCGCUGCUUUUCUUCUUUAGGUAAGAAGCAGCGCAUCGACAUCUUGCACAACUUGGAAGGCGUUAUCCAGAAUGGAGAGAUGCUUGCGGUGCUUGGUCCACCCGGAUCUGGCUGCACGACGUUGCUCAAGACUAUUGCUGGCGAGACCCACGGGUUUUCUAUUGCCGAGGGAGCCACACUCAACUACCAAGGCAUCUCACCCAAAGAGAUGAAAACGACGUUCAAAGGAGAAGCAAUAUAUACGGCAGAGUUUGACCAUCACUUCCCCUACCUGACCGUCGGUGAGACUCUCUACUUUGCGGCCCGGGCACGGUGUCCCCAGAAUAUGGAUCUUCCGCAUGGCAUCUCGGAGCACCAGUAUGCCGAACACCUCCGCGACGUUGUCAUGGCACUUUUGGGUAUCUCGCAUACCAAGGAUACCCGGGUCGGAGACGACUUUGUGCGCGGAGUGAGUGGAGGAGAGCGGAAGAGAGUCAGCAUCGCGGAGGCAGUCCUGAGCUAUUCUCCCCUACAAUGCUGGGAUAAUAGCACACGCGGCCUUGAUUCUGCCAACGCAAUCGAAUUCUGCCGCACCCUACGUAUGCAGGCAGACAUUUUUGGAUGCAGCUCCUCCGUGGCUAUAUAUCAAGCACCCCAGGAAGCAUACGAACUUUUUGAUAAGGUCAUCGUCCUUUAUGAGGGCCGUCAAAUUUUCUUUGGAAAGUCCACCGACGCGAAAGCGUACUUCGAAGGCCUUGGCUUUCUGUGUCCGGAACAGAAAACAACUGCCGACUUUCUGACUUCAAUGACGAGCUCAUCCGAGAGAAUCGUGCACCCCGAAUGGAAAGGCCAGACGCCACCGCGGAGCCCUGAGGAGUUCGCCCAAGCCUGGAGAGACAGCCAGCAUCGCCAUUACUUGUUGGAAGAGAUUCAUCAUUUCGAGCAGCAGUACCCUUUUGGUGGCGACACGCACAAGCAGUUCUCCAUCACUCGACGAGCGCAUCAGUCCAAGGCCCAGCGAUCCUCGUCACCGUACACAUUGUCCUAUGUGCAGCAAAUCAGUCUGAAUCUUUGGCGCAGUUUUAGGCUGCUCAUCAGCGAGCCGUGGAUGACAAUCACGAUGUUGACGACGAAUUUCUUCGAGUCUCUCAUUAUCUCCAGCAUUUUCUACAACUUGGAACCAAAUUCCUCCAGCCUCUAUAACCGAAAUCUCUUGAUAUUCUACACCAUACUCAUCAAUGCCAUGGGUAGUAUCAUGGAGAUCCUGACACUCUAUGGUAAAAGAAAGAUCAUCGAGAAGCAUGCCAGGUAUGCGCUCUAUCACCCGAGCGCCGAGGCAGUCGCCGCAAUGCUCGUCGACCUUCCCUACAAGCUCGUCAACGCGCUAUUCAUCAAUGUGCCGAUCUACUUCAUGACGAACCUGCGACGCGAAUCAGCCGGGCCCUUCUUCUUCUUCCUGCUGUUCUCCUUCACCAUCACCGUUUCCAUGUCAAUGAUCUUUCGGUUCCUCGGCUCCGUCACCAAGACGACAUCGCAAGCGCUAGCGCCCUCGGCCAUUAUCCUGCUGGCAUUGAUGCUAUUCAGUGGGUUUGCCAUGCCUCAAUCAUAUCUCAAGGACUGGAUCGGAUGGAUUCGCUGGGUCAAUCCCGUGUUCUAUGCUCAGGAAAGUCUGUCACUCAACGAAUUUAUUGGACGGAACUUCACCUGCUCGCAGUUUGUCCCCAGUGGCCCCGGUUACGCAACCUCUGGUAUGGGCGAGCGCGUUUGUGACAUCGGAGGAGCGAUGCUGGGCUCCAGUUUCGUCAAUGGCGAAGAGCACCUACGUAUCGUUUACGGCUUUCUAGCCAGUCACCGCUGGAGAAACUUUGGCAUCUUGAUCGCCAUGACCAUAUUCUUCAUGUCUCUGUAUCUCGUCGCCGUCGAGCUGGUGUCUUCUGAGAGAUCAAAGGGCGAAGUUCUUCUAUUCAAGCGGCGGGCGUUGAAGAGUGUCAAAAAGAGCUUCGACGAUGUUGAGACUUUAGGAGCAAAUCAAUCACAACCAACGAUUCAAGUCGACAAUGACAGCGACAACUCCGACCUCACGAAACAGACGUCCGUGUUACAUUGGAAUGAUGUCUGUUACGAUGUGCAUGUUAAAGGGGAGACUCGCAGGAUUCUUGAUCACUGCGACGGUUGGGUCAAGCCUGGAACGUUGACGGCACUGAUGGGUGUCUCAGGAGCCGGUAAGACAAGUCUCCUUGAUGUACUGGCCAGUCGCGUCACAAUGGGUGUUGUCAGUGGGGAGAUGCUCGUCGAUGGCCACCUUCGGGACUCUUCAUUCCAGCGCAAGACGGGAUACGUCACGCAGCAGGACCUCCACCUUCACACAGCAACCGUUAGAGAGGCGUUGAGUUUCAGUGCCCUGUUACGGCAGCCUAAGCGGUACAGCCGGCAGGAGAAGUUGGCCUAUGUUGAUACUGUGAUCGAUCUCCUCGGUAUGCAGGAGUACGCCGAGGCCGUGAUCGGGGAUCUAGGCGAGGGGUUGAAUGUCGAACAACGCAAACGCUUGACUAUUGGAGUGGAGCUGGCUGCCCGACCGCAGUUGCUGCUUUUUCUAGAUGAACCGACGUCUGGCCUCGAUAGUCAAACAUCAUGGUCCAUAUGCGAUUUGAUGGAAAAGCUGACAAGAAACGGGCAAGCGAUUCUCUGUACAAUUCAUCAACCGUCGGCAUCGCUAUUCCAGAGGUUCGAUCGGUUGUUGCUACUUGCGAGAGGUGGGCGAACGGUGUACUUUGGCGACAUUGGAAAGAACUCUCACGUUCUCAUCGACUAUCUCAGCCGGCACGGAGCUCCAGCCUACCUGCCCGGAUCGAACCCAGCCGAGUACAUGUUGGAAGUGAUCGGGGCUGCCCCUAAGGCACAUUCCGAUAUCGAAUGGCCGGCUGUGUGGCGGGGUAGCGAGGAAUACCGCGCUGUUCAGUCUGAGCUUGCCAGAUUGUCAUCGCAUGCAAAUGAAAAGGGGGCCAUCGAAGCGACGACAACGGCAGACCACGACGCCUCGAUGUACGCAGAGUUCGCUGCUGGCUUUGGUGUGCAGAUACACGAGGUGACGAGGCGGGUAUUCCAACAGUAUUGGCGUAGUCCAUCGUACAUCUUUUCCAAGUCUGUUUUGACAUUUGGAUCGGCUUUAUUCAUUGGGCUCACACUCCUCGGGGGCAACAAUACCGAGCGCGGCCUCCGGAAUCAGAUGUUUGGGAUGUACAUCUUUCUCUUUAUCUUCAGCCAGAUGGUGCAGCAGAUCAUGCCGGUCUUCGUCUCCCAGCGGACCAUGUACGAAGCCCGUGAGCGGCCGGCGAAAUCGUAUUCUUGGAUGGCCUUUAUCGGUGCGAAUGUCAUUGUUGAGAUGUUUUGGAACUCUGUCAUGGCCAUCUUUUCGUUCCUGUUUUGGUUUUAUCCCAUGAGGCUGGAUCGCAACGCCGAAUGGACGGAUGCUGUUCACUCGCGCGGCAUCACACUGUUCCUCAUCUGCUGGGUCUUUUUCCUAUUCUCGAGCACGUUUGCGCACCUUCUGAUUGCCGGGCUCGGCAGCGCCGAAGUUGCGGGCGGAAUCAUGAAUCUGCUCUUUAUCCUCAUGUUUGCUUUCUGCGGUGUACUGGCCGGCCCGGAAGCGCUGCCCGGCUUCUGGAUCUUCAUGUACCGCGUCAACCCCUUCACGUACGUCGUCGAGGGCUUCCUUAGCGUCGGCCUCGCCAAUGCGCCAGUGACGUGCAGCGCGGCCGAGCUGCUUGAGUUUGUUGCGCCCGCAAACGGCACCUGCGGCGAGUACAUGGCCGAGUACAUACGAGAGAAGGGGGGAUAUUUGCUGGAUGCCGGCUCGAAUGCUUGCCAGUACUGCGGCAUGGCCGAUACGAACGCGUUCCUAUCGAGCAUGAGCAUGAGCUUCGACAACAGAUGGCGCGAUUUCGGGCUGAUUUGGGCGUUUUGCGUCUUUAAUAUCACUGCGGCGGCAGUAAUCUACUGGGUUGUGAGGGUCCCGAAGAAUGAUUUCAAAAGUCACAGUUCGCGUAAGGCUUGA